GGACAUAGCAACGCUACAGGAUAUAAACAACAUUUUACUGAUGAAAUAAAUUGCUUGGCUUAGCAUGUCGAGCAGAGCUAGCCGAAGUGCCCACAGUGGCAGGUCGUUUACGGCUAACAAAACAAGAGAAAACCCAACAGCAUCAACAGGGCAGGCUUACCCAGAGAUUAAACAGAGAGGAUUUUACUCAGAUAUCAUUGGAUCUGAUGCUCAUUCAAGACUUGAUGAUGUGAUUUCCGGCCCACCAACAGCGCAUGGUACACUAUGGACAGUUGCAAAGGAGAAACAUACACCUAAAGUGACAGCUUUUGAAUCAAAGGUUGAAGUUUCCGAGGCACUGAAAGAGCAGUCUUAUGGACCGACUACAGCCAUCACAGCUAUCUCGGAUUUUCCAGUGCAGUCGUAUGAACCGAAAGUUCAGCUUCCGUUCUACGCAAAACCCGGAGAAUGUCCAAGAAAGAUCGAGAUUGAAAGGAAACGUCGCCUAUAUGGGAACCUAGACUUGAGUGAGUUACUUGUAGAUGAAGGGAUACAGUCUAACUUAUUGAUGCCCAAAGAACCCAGCGAUGAGGUCGUUGAGUUGAACAAACCAGGACAGGACCCUGCCCCCUUCCCACCAUUUCUACCACUAGACAUCUUCGACAAUAUGGAGUUUGAUUGCCGGACUCCUGAAGAGUGGAUUAAUAUGGGCUUUGAGAAUGGAGUGAGAAAGCCUGUACCGGGCGAGGCUUUGUUGCCCAAGAAAGACUCUGAUGCCGAAUUGUCGGAGCGCGAUCCGAGGAUCGUCUACGCCUGGUUUGAUGUCGGAGUCCUGGAUUAUGACACAGAGAAAAAACUUUACCUCGUACAGAAGGUGAACAGACAGAAUAGAGUGGUGGACACUGCUGGAAAACCCAUUGUGAAUGGAGGAAUAAGAGAAGACGGGACCAGAAUCACCCUACCGACCCAAUACUGGAUUCCCCGGGUGAGACUGAUGUUUAAAGCUGAGGACCCCAGGGUGUUUACAAAGAGGGUUGCAGAUGCCUUCAGACUGCGGAAGCACACUGAAGCUGUCCUGCGCUACAACAUGUACAUUGACUGUAUGCCGAUGGACGGUGUGGGAGAGUUGGACCAAGCCUCCCUUAAACGCAUGGUGGAGUGGGCGAAAAGCUCUCCAGGACUCUCAAAGGACAAGGGACUCGAGGAUGGAAUUCAGGCUUUGGAGAAGGAAGCAAACAUUGACUUCUGCCGUUCAAUGAACCGUAUCAUCUUUGACAAGAUAAUUGAGCAGGAUGACUCAACCUUUGCCUUUGUAUCAGUGCCCCAGCCUGAUACCAGACCUGUACCCUUCAAAGCAUGCUGCACAGAUGUCCCCACUUAUGACUACGAUGCUGUGUACGACGCAUUUGCCUUUAACUCGCUUCUGACCAGGGUUGAGAGCAUCAAGGCCACAGGGACGGUCGCUGUCGAAUGCAAUGAGGUCGGGAACAAAUGUCUCUACCAUGUUCCUACCACCAAACCAAUGAGGAUUGAGGAAUUUGAGCAGACGCAGGCACAAGUCACAUCUCAGGUGUCACUGUUCCUGAAGGACUCCUGGAUCUCCACCCUCCGUGCCGCCAUCCGCACAAAACUCCGGGAUGUAGGCAAGGGCUGGUUCAACAUUCAUGAGACAAACUUCGAGGUGUACCAGAUCUCCAAGCUGAAAAAGUUUAUGGAGAUGGUGAAAUUCAUGAUGCAGGACUCGAUGAGAUUCCUAGUCCAGAACUCCCUGAACUUGUUCACCCAGAUGAUUCUGGAUGCCUGCCACUCAACGAUGUCCCUCCCUGAAGACUUUGUCUGGGGAAAGGACGUCAUCUCUAGCACCUACAGACCGCGCAGGAAUGCCCUGUUCCUGGUGGACCUCCAACUCGACCAGCAAGGUGUUCACUACAGCACCAAUUUGAACAAUUUUGAGACAGUGCUGGUUGGCCUGUUUGACAAGGGAAUCCAGGCAACGCAGAGUGUUCCACAGCUGGAGAAGCGUAUCCUAGAGAACAUUUUCUGGUCAGGCGAGCCGCUGUUGGAAUCUGUUGGUGAACAUGAACCCCACGUUGAAGAGCUACGGGAAAGCAUCCGGCGGGCAAUCCGCAAGGCGCUCAUUCCGAUGAAGGCAUAUGCUCAGGAAUAUGAGAAAUAUCUGGAGAUCAUGAACCUAGAUAUCAAUGUGUACAUCAGAGAAUACGAGGCUCAGAACCACACAGCCCUCGAAGUGAAACAAGAAGUCGAGAUGCACUUGAAGGAGAAAGAGAUCAUCGAGGCCACGAUCCCAAGCAACAUCACAAUCGGACCUUUCUGGAUCAACACAGACUCUGUGAGGCAGAAUCUCUCAAAGAAGAGGAAGAAUCUGAGCAAUGCGGUACUGGAGUACUUGGCCAGGCAUUUGCGGAAACAGGCUGAUGAGGCCUGUGAAGAGUUCAAAGCCAUUAGCCGCAAGUUGUAUGACAAAUGUAACUGCAUAGAGGAGCUGUCUGAGAUGAGGGAAUGGAUGAAGGGAAUUCCAGAAAAACUCAAGGAACAUCAGGAUCUCAUUGACAAGGCUAUGGACGACUAUGAGCUGAUUGAGGACUUUUACUACAAUCUCUCACAAGAAGACUUCAACUUGAAGUGGACAGCUAUUGGGUGGCCUCACAAGAUCGAGGUACAGAUGGAACAGACUGAAACACAAUUGGAAGAAGAUGAAGAAAGAUUCAGGAAACUUCAAAGCUCCGACCAAGGCAACUUCAAUGAUCGCCUUGACACGCUCCAGAUGGUGGUCGCUGGCAUGGCGGCUCACAGUGAUAUCUCGAAGGCACAUGAAAUUGCCAAUGAGGUCCGACGUGUCACCAAGCAACUGAAGGAAGCCCAGGGUCUAGCCAGCACAUAUAACAACAGGGAGAGACUGUUUGGCAUGCCUGUCACCAACUAUGACAAACUGGGAAAGCUUGUCAAGGACUUUGAGCCAUUCCGUAACCUCUGGGUCACCUCGUCUGAUUGGCUGCGCUGGCACGAGUCGUGGAUGAACGACCCGCUGACCGCGAUUAACGCUGAGGAGUUGGAGAAAAACGUCAAUGAUGCUUACAAGAUUAUGCAUAAAUCUGUAAAGUUGUUCCAAGAUAUUCCAAGCGUGCAGCAGAUUGCCCAGGAAGUGAAAGGCAAGAUUGAGGAGUUCAAGCCCUUCAUUCCCCUCAUCCAGGGUCUCAGAAAUCCCGGCAUGAGGAGCAGACAUUGGGAUAAUCUAUCAGCUGAGCUUGGUUUCACAGUGGUUCCCAAGGCCAACCUGACAUUCAGCAAAUGUCUCGAGAUGAAUCUUCAAGACCACAUUCAGACCAUUGCCAAGGUGGCUGAGGUUGCUGGCAAGGAAUACUCCAUUGAACAGGCCCUGGACAAGAUGGAAAAAGAAUGGGACCCAGUCCAGUUUGAAAUUAUGCCAUACAAGGAAACUGGUACCUACAUUCUUCGCUCAUCUGAAGACACGUCCCAGUUACUGGACGACCACAUCGUGAUGACACAGAGCAUGUCGUUCUCGCCGUACAAGAAACCGUUCGAGGAGCGCAUCAACACGUGGGAGAAUAAGCUUACUACUACACAGGAUGUGUUGGACGAGUGGCUGAACUGUCAACGCGCCUGGCUGUAUUUGGAGCCCAUUUUCUCUUCUGACGACAUUAAUCGGCAGCUGCCGGUGGAAAGCAAGAGAUACGCCACGAUGGAGCGUAUGUGGCGUAAGAUCAUGAAGAAUGCCAAGGAAAAUCCUCAGGUGAUCUCCCUCUGCCCGGACAAUCGUCUCCUUGACAACCUGAAGGAGUGCAACAAACUCCUGGAGCAGGUCCAGAAGGGAUUGUCUGAGUACCUCGAGACAAAGCGUAACGCCUUUCCACGCUUUUACUUCUUGUCUGAUGAUGAACUGCUUGAAAUCCUCUCACAGACUAAAGAUCCGACAGCAGUACAGCCUCAUCUUAGGAAGUGCUUCGAAAACAUUGCUAAGCUUCGCUUUGAGGAAGAUCUCCAAAUGUCCCGUAUGUACUCCGGGGAAGGUGAGGAGGUGGAAUUCCGCGGGAAAAAGCUCUACCCCACGGGAAAUGUGGAAGAUUGGAUGUUGGAGAUAGAGUCGAGCAUGAAGGAAAGUCUAAGGCAGAUCAUCAAGGAAAGUCUUGGGGACUACGAGAAGACUCCUCGUACAGAGUGGGUGCUGAAAUGGCCUGGCCAAGUGGUUUUGGCUGGCUGUUCAACAUACUGGGCCACCGGGGUUACUGAGGCACUAGAGAACAAGAAUAUCAAGGACUUCUUCCAUAAUUCCAUCCUGCCUCAGCUAGAUGAUCUUCGAGAGCUGGUGAACACCAAGAUAUCCAAGAUUGGGCGCAUGACGCUGUCUGCGUUGAUCGUCAUUGAGGUGCACGCUCGUGACGUGAUCAUCAAGAUGUUGGAGAACAAUGUGGAGAAUGUGAAUGACUUCGAGUGGAUCAGCCAGCUCAGGUACUACUGGCACGAUGACAAUCUCUGGAUCCGAGCUGUGAACGCAGAAUUUCCAUACGGAUACGAGUACCUGGGAAACACGAUGCGUCUCGUUAUCACCCCUCUCACUGACAGGUGUUACCUGACCUUGACCGGUGCCCUGCAUCUCAAGUUUGGUGGCGCCCCUGCUGGGCCCGCAGGAACAGGAAAGACAGAAACUACAAAGGAUCUUGCCAAGGCUAUGGCCAUCCAGUGUGUGGUGUUCAACUGUUCUGACCAGCUUGACUUUAUGGCCAUGGGCAAGUUCUUCAAGGGUCUUGCCAGUGCGGGAGCGUGGGCGUGUUUUGACGAGUUCAAUCGUAUCGACAUUGAGGUGUUGUCUGUGGUCGCUAUGCAGAUUACGACCAUUCAGAAAGCCCUAACACAACGGCUGGACAGGUUCGUGUUUGAAGGUGUUGAGCUGCUGCUGAGGCAGUCCUGUGCCGUGUUCAUCACCAUGAACCCUGGAUAUGCUGGCCGUACAGAACUGCCAGACAACUUGAAGGCCCUGUUCCGACCUGUAGCUAUGAUGGUACCAGACUACGCCUUGAUUGCUGAAAUCUCGCUGUUUUCCUUUGGGUUUUCCGACGCCAAGCACCUCUCCAAGAAGAUUGUCUCCACCUUCAAGCUUUCUUCUGAACAGCUCAGUUCUCAGGAUCACUACGAUUUCGGUAUGCGAGCUGUGAAGUCUGUGAUUUCCGCAGCUGGAAAUCUGAAGAGACAGUUCCAAACCAUGGAAGAGGAACUGAUUGCUCUGCGCGCCAUCCGAGAUGUGAAUGUGCCAAAAUUCCUGGUGGAUGACUUGAAGCUCUUCAAUGGUAUCGUAUCCGAUCUCUUCCCCAACAUCAAGGAGCAGCCUAUCGACUAUGGUACUCUGGAUGUUUCUCUGAGGAAGAACUGCACCAAGCUGGGGAUCAAAGAUGUAGAAGGUUUUAUCAACAAGUGUAUUCAGCUGUUUGAGACAACUGUUGUCCGUCACGGUCUGAUGUUGGUCGGUCCUACUGGAUCAGGAAAAACUAAGUGCUACGAGGUGUUAAAGGCUGCCCAGACAGCCCUAACAGGUGAAAUGUCGCCCGCAGGGUUCCAGUUUGUUCCCACCCAUACCUACGUGCUGAACCCGAAGUCCAUCACCAUGGGUCAGCUGUACGGAGAGUUUGACGCGCUGACUCAUGAAUGGACUGACGGUAUCUUGUCAACGUUGAUCCGUGGCGGUGCAGGCGCCACUAAUGAGGACAUGCGGUGGUACGUGUUUGACGGCCCAGUGGACGCGGUGUGGAUUGAGAGCAUGAACACCGUGCUGGACGAUAACAAGAAACUCUGUCUCAGCAGUGGAGAAAUCAUCAAACUCACUGAUCACAUGACCCUGAUGUUUGAAGUCGCUGAUUUAGCUGUAGCAUCGCCCGCUACUGUGUCUCGCUGUGGUAUGGUGUACCUCGAGCCCAGCUACAUCGGGCUUCCACCGUUCGUCGAAUGCUGGAUUAGGACCAUUCCUGAAAAUAUCUACCCAUACAAGGAGCAGAUUGAAGCUCUGUUUGAGAAAUUCAUGGAGCCAGCCAUAGACUUUGUGCGCCACCAUGUGAAGGAGAUCGUAGGAACUGUUGACUGCAACCUCGUGUUCAGUCUUCUCAAACUCCUUGAGUGCUUCUUUACGCCGUUCACACCAAAGGAGGAUUUGUUUUCCGAACGUUCCAUGAGGAAAGUGGGUGAGAAACCGAUCCCCGCCGAGCGACUUGCGAGAAUAUCGGAACUUAUCGAGCCAUGGUUCAUAUUCGCCCUGACAUGGUCAAUUGGAAUGACCGGCGACCAUGACAGCCAACUGAAGUUCUCUAAUUGGCUGAAAGAAAAGAUGAAGAAGGAGGGAAUCAAGUUGCUGUACCCGGAAGAAGGGACAGUGUUUGGCUACAACCUCGAUGAUGCUGGUAUCAGCAGCUCUGAGAGUGACGACGCCCUUGAUGAUGAAGACAAGAAGGAUAAAAAGGUUCGCUGGGUCGGUUGGAUGGACGAUAUGGAAGAGUUCACCAUCCCACCGGAGACUAAAUUCUCCGACAUCAUCGUGCCGACAAUCGAUACCAUACGCAGCUCUCAUCUGCUUGAGAUGCUUCUCGUUAACAAGAAAACGGUGAUGUGUGUAGGGCCCACAGGAACAGGAAAAACCCUGACGAUCAUUGACAAGCUCACUCGACAAAUGCCAAAAGAGUACAUCCCAGAUUUCAUCGUCUUCUCGGCCAAAACAAGCGCCAACCAGACACAAGAUCUCAUUGAUGGGAAGCUUGACAAGAGGCGUAAGGGUGUGUUUGGUCCACCACUGGGGAAAUACUUUGUCUUCUUCAUUGACGACUUGAACAUGCCCGCUCUGGAGACAUAUGGCGCCCAACCACCCAUCGAGCUGAUAAGACAGUACUUGGACUUCAAGGGAUGGUACGACAGAAAGGCAAUUGGUGAGUUCCGCAAGCUAGUGGAUGUCAACUUUGUGUGCGCUAUGGGACCCCCUGGGGGAGGCAGAAACCCGACGACACCCCGUCUACUGCGACACUUCAACUUCCUCAGCUUUGUAGAGAUGGAGGACUCCAGCUUGAAGAAUAUCUUCGGGACUAUCCUCAAGUCAUGGAUCAGCCAGAACAACGGCAUCGCCAAUUUCAAGGACCAGUUGACAAUGACAACCAUCUCAGUGUAUAACACAAUCAGCGCGCAGCUACUGCCAACCCCGGCCAAAUCCCACUACACAUUCAACUUGAGAGAUCUGUCAAAGGUCUUCCAGGGAAUUCUCAUGGCAGAGGCUGGAAAAAUCGAUGGCCUUGCCUCGCUGCUCCGUCUCUGGUACCACGAGUCCUGCCGAGUGUUUGCGGACCGUCUCGUAAAUGAUGAGGAUCGUGACUGGUUUGAUAAUCUCUGUAAGGAAAAGAUGAAGAGUGACUUUGCGGCUAAUGUAGAUGAAGUGAUAAACAAUGACUUGAUUUUGUAUGGUGAUAUUCUUUCAACAAAUGUGGAAAACAAGGUCUAUGCUGAGAUCACAGAUCAUCCUAAGCUCCAGAAGACGUGUGAAGAUCUCCUUGAAGACUACAAUCAGAUCAACACGGCCCAGAUGAACCUUGUGCUGUUCAUGGAUGCGCUCAAACACGUGUCUCGUAUCUCCCGGGUAAUCCGUCAGCCUCUUGGUAAUGCUCUACUGCUCGGGAUGGGCGGAUCUGGUCGACAGAGUUUGACACGCCUGGCUGCUCAUAUGGCUGAUUAUGAGUGCGUCCAAGUUGAAUUGGCCAAGAACUACGGCUUCAAUGAGUGGAGGGAAGACUUACGUAAAGUCAUGAUGAAGGCCGGCCUGGAUAACAACCCAACUGUCUUCCUCUUCAGUGACACCCAGAUCAAGAGUGAAUCUUUCCUGGAAGAUAUCAACAACAUUCUAAACGCUGGUGACGUGCCAAACAUUUACGGGUUCGAUGAGCAGGAUCAGAUUUACUCGGCGAUGAAACCCAUCUGUCAGGAUGCCGGGCUCGUGCCGACAAAGACCAACCUGUUCUCCAUUUACACGAAACGUGUACGCAGUAACCUGCACACUGUCAUCACCAUGAGCCCCCUUGGAGAGAUUUUCCGCGCCAGACUGCGUCAAUUCCCCGCCCUGGUUAACUGCUGUACCAUUGACUGGUUUUCACCAUGGCCAGCAGACGCUCUGAAGUCAGUUGCCAUGAAGUUCCUCCAGGAUAUUCCGGAGCUUGACACUACUGACGAGGUUAUGGAUGGAUUGGUGACUGUGUGCCAAGUUAUCCACCAAUCGGUCGCAGAAUACUCUAAGAAAUACCUGGCGGAAAUGUCUCGUCACAACUACGUGACCCCCACAAGUUACCUGGAGCUGCUCGGGAUCUUCUCCAAGCUUGUAGGCAUGAAGAAAAUGGAACUGAAUACAAGCAGGAAUAGGCUGAAGACUGGUUUGGAAAAGCUGCUGACAACAGCCGAUGAAGUCGCCAAACUCCAAGAAGAGUUAGCCACAAUGAGACCACUGCUUGAGGAAGCAGUAAAAGAAUCCAUCACCACGAUGGAAAAGAUCUCUAAAGACACUAUAGUCGCCAAUGAAACCAAAUCUGUCGUCCAGAAAGAGGAGGCGGCUGCCACAAUUAAGGCUACAGAGACACAGGCCAUCGCUGAUGAUGCUCAGAGAGAUCUGAAUGAGGCUUUGCCUGCACUGGAUGCUGCUGUUGCCAGUUUGAAAUCACUGAACAAGAACGAUGUGGUAGAAGUGAGGGCCAUGCAGCGGCCCCCGGCAGGUGUGAACAUGGUGAUUGAAGCAGUCUGUAUCAUGAAGGGAGUGAAACCCAAGAGGGUCGCUGGUGACAAGCCAGGAACGAAGGUAGAUGACUACUGGGAGCCUGGCAAGGCUCUGCUCUCCGAUCCCGGCAAGUUCCUUGAAGGCUUAUUCAAGUUUGACAAAGACAACAUUCCCGACCCUGUCAUCAAGUUGAUUCAGCCAUACAUUGAUAACGAGUUAUUCGAGCCUGCGGCUAUUCAGAAGGUGUCCAAAGCCUGUACCUCAAUCUGCAUGUGGACGAGAGCCAUGCACAAGUAUCACUUUGUCGCGAAGGGUGUGGCACCAAAACGUGAACGCCUGCGCGUUGCUAGUGAGGAGCUCAGCGAGACCCAGCGACAGUUAGCAGCCGCUAAAGGGCGUCUUCAGGAAGUAGAGGAAGGAAUCGCCACCUUGCAGGCAAAAUACGAAGAUUGCGAGCGUAAGAAGGAGGAGUUGGAAAACAAAUGUGCCGAGUGUGAGGGUCGUCUUGUACGGGCUGACAAGCUGAUUGGUGGACUGGCUGACGAGAAGGAGCGCUGGAAGGUUUCCGUAGAGCAACUUGAGAUCUUCAUCAACAACUAUGUCGGAGAUGUCAUGAUAUCUGCUGGAUAUGUUGCCUACCUUGGAACAUUCACGGGAAAGUACCGCGUCGCAAUGCAGGAAGAAUGGGUCAAACAAAUUGACAACCACAAAGUUCCGCGGACGGACGAUCCGACCCUAGUCUCCACGCUCAGUGAUCCGGUGAAAGUCCGUGGCUGGCAGAUCUAUGGACUACCCAAAGAUAAUUUAUCAGUGGAGAACGGAGUCAUUGUGCAGUACUCACAGCGAUGGCCCUUGUUCAUUGAUCCCCAGGGACAGGCCAACAGAUGGGUGAAAAAUAUGGAAAAAGACAAUGGCUUAGAUGUGAUCAAGCUGUCUGACAAAGAUUUCCUGAGAAGUCUUGAGAAUGCCGUCAGGUUUGGCAAGCCCUGUCUCCUGGAAAACGUGGCUACUGAGCUGGACCCUGCUUUGGAGCCCAUCCUCCUCCGACAGACGUUCAAGCAACAGGGUAGUACAGUGAUCAAACUUGGUGACGCAGUUAUCCCGUACCACAACGACUUCAAGUUCUACAUCACCACAAAACUGCCCAAUCCCCACUAUACACCAGAGGUCUCCACGAAAGUCACCAUUGUCAACUUCACACUGUCACCAAGUGGACUCGAGGAUCAGAUGUUGGGUAUUGCCGUAGCUGAAGAGCGUCCAGAUCUGGAAGAAGCCAAGAACCAACUGAUCGUGAGCAACGCUAAGAUGAGACAAGAGUUGAAAGAAAUCGAGAACAAGAUUCUCUACCGAUUGUCAACGUCAGAAGGAAGCCCAGUCGAUGAUAUCGAUUUGAUCAACACACUUGAACAGUCAAAGAUUAAGUCCAUGGAAAUCUCAGCCAAAGUGCUAGUUGCCGAGCAGACAGAAAAGUCGAUUGACAUAACCCGUAGUCAGUACAUUCCCGUGGCUGUGAAUACGCAGAUCUUGUUUUUCUGCGUGGCCGACAUGGCAAACGUCGACCCCAUGUACCAGUACUCACUCGAGUGGUUUGUUAACAUCUUCCUUGGUGGCAUCAGCAAUGCAGAACGUGCAGACAACCUCCCACAGCGUGUAGAAAACAUCAAUAAAUAUUUCACAUUCAGCCUGUACAGUAACGUGUGCAGAUCGCUGUUUGAGAAACACAAGCUCCUGUUCGCCUUCCUGCUGUGCGCUCGUAUCAAGAUGUAUAACAACCUCAUUGACAUGGAUGAGUGGCGUUUCCUGCUCGCGGGUGGUACAGUGAAACCCAAGGAUAUUCCAAACCCAUCGCCCGACUGGAUCGCUGCAAGAUCAUGGAACGACAUUCUCACAAUGGGCUCUCUAAAAACGUUUGAAAUAUUUUCUGAAGACUUCAAGAACCACCUCGAUGGGUUUAAGAAAAUAUUUGACAGCGCAGCACCUCAUAGAGAGCCGCUGCCUGGAAAAUGGAACGAUAUCGACAUGUUCCAGAAAAUGAUUGUUCUCAAAUGUCUCCGUGCAGACAAGAUCACAGAAGCCAUGCAGGACUAUGUCGCUGAAAACCUUGGCCAGAGGUUUAUUGAACCGCAGACUGCUGACCUCCACCUGGUUUACAAAGAUUCCUCCCCCACAACCCCUCUCAUCUUUGUUCUGUCUGUGGGAACAGAUCCGGCAGCUGAUCUCUACAAGUUUGCCGAGGAGAUGAGGUUCGGAAAGAAACUCAGCGCCAUCUCUCUGGGUCAAGGACAGGGUCCACGUGCAGAGGCUAUGAUGCGAAGUGCCAUGGAGCGUGGCAAGUGGGUAUUCUUCCAGAACUGUCAUCUGGCUCCCAGCUUCAUGCCUGCCCUGGAGAGACUCAUUGAACAGAUUGACCCAGAUAAGGUGCAUAGAGACUUCCGUCUAUGGCUGACAAGUAUGCCGAGCGAGAAAUUCCCCGUUUUCAUCCUGCAGAACGGCUCCAAGAUGACCGUCGAGCCUCCGCGUGGCAUCAAGGCCAACCUGCUCAAAUCGUAUUCCAACUUCAGUGACGACUUCUUUAACACUGCGUCAGACAAGGGUUAUGGUCGUCAACUAGUGCGGGUCCAUGAGUUUAAACAUCUCCUUCUGUCGCUGGCGUUUUUCCAUGGGGUUGCUAUUGAAAGACGUAAGUUCGGUCCUCUCGGCUUCAAUAUUCCCUACGAGUUCACUGACGGCGAUUUCCGUAUCUGUGUCAGCCAGCUGAAAAUGUUCCUGACAGAAUAUUCAACCAUCCCAUUCAAGGUGUUGACCUACACUGCGGGUCACAUCAACUACGGUGGCCGCGUCACAGACGACUGGGAUCGACGUUGUAUGAUGAACAUCUUAGAAGAUUUCUAUAACAAAGAUGCGCUCAACGACGAGCAUUUGUAUUCCGAGUCGGGAGUUUAUCGCCAGAUUUCCACUGCCAUGGACCAUAAUGGAUAUAUCCAGUAUAUACGUAGCUUGCCGAUCAACGACACUCCGGAGAUAUUCGGUCUCCAUGACAAUGCCAACAUUACAUUCGCUCAGAACGAGGCCUUCAUGCAGUUGGAGGCACUCGUCAAACUUCAACCGAAGACAGCGAGUGGCGGUGGAAAGUCUCGUGAAGAGAUCAUGGAAGAGACUGCCAAGCAUAUCAUUAAGCAGGUGCCUCCGCCAAUUGAUGAGGAAAUGGUCGUGAAGAAAUACCCAGUCAUGUACGAACAGUCCAUGAACACAGUGCUCAUACAGGAAGUAAUCAGGUACAACAAGCUGAUUACAACUGUCCACAAGAGUCUCAAUGACAUUCUGAAGGCCCUGAAGGGUUUGGUGGUCAUGUCGCAGCAGUUGGAAGAGAUGUCCAUCAGUCUCUACAACAACAUGGUGCCCGGAAUGUGGGCAGGCAAGGCAUACCCGUCCCUGAAGCCACUUGCAUCAUGGGUGCUUGAUCUGAUUGAGAGAAUGAAGUUCAUUCAGCUUUGGAUUGAUGAUGGACUACCAGCGGUGUACUGGAUCUCCGGGUUCUUCUUCCCGCAAGCUUUCUUGACCGGCACACUCCAGAACUACGCUCGUCAGAAGGUCAUCUCCAUUGACACAAUCUCGUUUGGAUUCGAGAUAAUCCGAGAGAAAAAGGAGGAGUUAAAACAAGGCCCAUCGGACGGGUGUUACAUCAUGGGUCUGUUCGUUGAGGGAGCCCGAUGGGACCAUGUUCAUCACAGCCUGACCGAAUCACGCCCGAAGGAGCUGUAUACAGACUUGCCCAUUCUUUGGCUGAAGCCGGAAGCCAACCGGAAAAUGCCAGAUUCAGGAAUAUAUGACUGCCCUUGCUACAAGACACUUACACGUGCUGGUACACUUUCCACUACGGGUCACUCCACAAACUUCGUAUUCUCCGUGGAACUUCCGACGGACAAAGAACAGAAACACUGGAUCAAGCGAGGCGUUGCCCUGCUCUGUGCUCUCAAUUACUAGACAGACAAUAUAUUACCAGACAUUCAUAGACAAUAAACUAUACACUUUUUAUGUUUUUUGAGCUUUUCCCCAUAUUAUCAUACAUUCAUGGACAAUAAACUACCGGUAUACUCUUCACAUAGAUUUUGAACUUUUUUCCAAACAACUUCAGUUCAUUUUAUUUAUCUGGGCAUUGGUGUGUGUCUUCAUAGAAAUGUUUGCUAAAGUGCCUUCAGAACAAUUAAGAUAACAGAUAAUUAAGGGCCAUACCAUUUCAAUGAAACAGUCUUUAUCAACUGUAUUUUUCCUUAAAUUUAAAAGAAGUGUUUAAAAAUGUUUUGUUUUGUCUAUAAACUGUGUGACAAUGCUUUGAAAUCCAUAAUAGACUUCCAGUAACCAUUGUUUUCAUUUUAUGUAAGGAUUUGGGCUGACAUUCCAUGUACAAAGUUGUGAUUUCAAAAUACCUUUUUAUUGAGUGUGCGUUGUUAUAUAUUUAAGAUAAAGUGAUUUCUGUUAAAUUUAUUAUAAGUUAUGGUUAUUAUAUAGUUUACAUGUAUGUCAUGUGGUAUUUAUAAUUAUUAAUUUAAUGAAAAUAUAAGACUUUAAGUCUUAAUGUUUAUGUCCAAUAUUGAAACUGCUGAAAUUAAAAAAACUUAUAGGCAUAUAUUAAAUAUAAUUAUUUUUGUUAUCCGUCCACUACAUGUAUAUAUUGAAACUGCUGAUACAAAUGUUUAUAUUAUUCAAACUGCUGAACAUAAGAUAUUAUAAUUUACAUUAUUGCUGUGUCUUUGUUAUAUUUAUAACUGUGAUAGUUUAUCCGUCCUCAAGACCAUUAUUGCUAAUAAAUAUUGAAACAUAAAUGUAUACAAUGUUCUAAAAAGUAUUCGACUGUUUUACUGUUUAUACUUUGAAACAAAAGAAAAAAAUGAAACCAUAAAGAUAUGUAUGGAAACAAUAAAUAAAGUAACAUCUUU